AUGGCGGAUUCUCAUUUUGCAGCCUUUGUAGGAAACCCGAGCAGCGCAGCCUCAGCAUCCAGCGCCUGGGACAUCACUGGCAGCGGUCCGUGGUUAUUGGCGUUUAUGCUCACCAUUAUCAUUCUGAUGACUGCUUGUGGAAACAUGCUGCUCAUUGCUUUAGUCUUUGCUCAUCGCGCUUUACGCUGCACCUCCAACUGUUUCUUAGUGUCUCUGUUCUUCUCUGACCUCAUGGUGGCACUAGUUGUGAUGCCUCCAGCCAUGCUCAAUGUACUGUCUAGAAGGCAAGCCAAAAGAGUGGCCGCUUUAAGCAACCCUCCCCAUCCACACGCUUCACUGGGGGAGCCCUCAAGACCCCCUUCACCUGGGGCCAUGGCUGGAAACCCCGACAGAGAUGAUUGUAGUCACCACGAGCCUUUGGUGGCACCAAACGCACCGAACUCUGUCACCAGUGAGCGGCGCCUGGCUCAUCGUCAGGGCCGGAGGGCGCUGAAGGCCAGCCUCACCCUGGGGGUACUCCUGGGGCUCUUCUUCAGCACGUGGCUCCCAUUCUUCAUCACCAACAUGGCCCAGGCGGUGUGUGAGUGCGUCCCGGUGGCCUUGUUUGACGCCAUCACCUGGUUGGGCUACUGCAACAGCACCAUGAACCCCAUCAUCUACCCACUGUUCAUGAGGGACUUCAAGCGCGCCCUGGGAAAGCUCUUACCCUGCUGUUCAUCACGCUCGCCACGAAGACCGUCGCCAGCGUUGUCCCUCUCUCUCCGAAACUCCGGGGAGCCCCACAUGAUCAGCAGUCCAGCGUCCCCUCUGCCUUCUGACCCCAUGCAGCCUCCUGCCACCGCCACAGAUGCCGUCAACCUGCUGGAUGCGGCGCAGGCGAGCAUCGAGCUCCCUCUGCUCCUGCCAAAUCAAGUGGACACUCUGGACUGA